GGGAGCCCCCGCCCCCCUUCGCCAAGGCCUGUGUCUGGGCUGCAGGGAGAGCCGGGACCUGGCUCCUGGAGGGGGGCCAGCGUACACAAUCCGUCCCGCCCACACCCUCCUUCCGGGGGGUGGGCGAUUGAGGGGAGGUCGGGGUUGGAGCGGCGGCGCGGGGGCCCCUCCCUGGCGCCUCCUCCCCUCUUUAGACUUGGUCGCGCCCUAAGUGUAACACUUUCUCUUUGUCGGAGCAGCUCCGCUGUUUCCUGUGCUUAAGCUCCGCUUUUGGCGGCACCCCCUUGCAGCCCUGGCGGACGAAGGAGCGAUGGCAACGACCGACAUAGCUCGGCAGGUGGGUGAAGAUUGCCGAACUCUCCCCUUGGCUGGACAUGUGGGGUUUGACAGCUUGCCCGACCAGCUGGUGAAUAAGUCAGUCAACCAGGGCUUCUGCUUCAACAUCCUGUGCGUGGGAGAGACAGGGUUGGGCAAGUCAACCCUCAUGGAUACCCUGUUCAACACCAAGUUCGAGGUGGAACCAACUACCCACACGCAACCAGGUGUCCAUCUUCAGUCCAAUACCUAUGACCUCCAAGAGAGCAAUGUGGGACUCAAGCUGACAAUUGUUAGCACUGUGGGCUUUGGGGACCAAAUCAACAAAGAGGACAGCUAUAAGCCCAUUGUGGAAUUCAUUGAUGCACAGUUCGAGGCCUACCUGCAGGAGGAGCUGAAGAUACGCCGAGUGCUGCACACCUACCACGACACCCGCAUCCACGUCUGCUUAUACUUCAUCGCCCCCACCGGCCAUUCUCUGAAAUCUCUGGACCUAGUGACCAUGAAGAAGCUGGACAGUAAGGUGAACAUCAUUCCCAUCAUUGCCAAAUCUGAUGCCAUUUCUAAGAGUGAGCUAACGAAGUUCAAAAUCAAAAUCACCAGCGAGCUUGUCAGCAAUGGGGUCCAGAUCUACCAGUUCCCUACAGAUGAUGAGUCAGUAGCAGAGAUCAAUGGAACCAUGAACGCCCACCUGCCAUUUGCUGUCGUUGGCAGCACCGAAGAACUGAAGAUCGGUAACAAGAUGAUGAAGGCGCGGCAGUAUCCCUGGGGCACAGUACAGGUUGAAAACGAGGCCCACUGUGACUUUGUAAAGCUGAGAGAGAUGCUGAUUCGGGUCAACAUGGAGGAUCUCCGGGAGCAGACCCAUACUCGGCACUACGAGCUGUACCGCCGCUGUAAGCUGGAGGAAAUGGGCUUCAAGGACACCGACCCUGACAGCAAACCCUUCAGUUUACAGGAGACGUACGAAGCCAAAAGGAAUGAGUUCCUUGGGGAGCUCCAGAAAAAAGAAGAAGAGAUGAGGCAGAUGUUUGUCCAGAGAGUCAAAGAGAAGGAAGCGGAGCUCAAAGAGGCGGAGAAAGAGCUGCAUGAGAAGUUUGACCGGCUGAAGAAACUACAUCAGGAAGAGAAGAAGAAGCUGGAGGAUAAGAAGAAAACCCUGGACGAUGAAAUAAAUGCUUUCAAGCAGAAAAAGGCGGCUGCUGAACUGCUCCAAUCCCAGGGUUCCCAGGCCGGAGGGUCACAGACUCUGAAAAGAGACAAAGAGAAGAAAAACUUUUUUUAAUCUUGUCUUCAGCAGCUGCACUAAGUCUAAAGGAGAAGACUGCCAUUAUAGAAGAGUUAGGGUUCCAUAUUGUCUCAAACCAGAAACCAACCAAUUCCCUCUGCCCUCAAAUUGCACGUGUGUGCACAUACACACACACACACUCACUCGCCAAGUGUCCAUGUGUCCCCGUGUCCAGGCAAGAAGCUCUCUUCUGACUUACAUGGUAUUUUAAAUGGAAGUGUCUUGUACUAACCUAACAAGGCAGGAAAAGAACCUGGAGAAUGGACCAAAUGUAACCUACAGGAGACCUCACCCAAGUAUAAGUGAGCUGGGGCAGGAGACCUCAGCUGUGGGUGUGAAGGUGCUGUUCAAAAGGUAGUGUGUGAGUUCUGUACUUUUCUUUUUGAACAACAAUUCUCUGGCUCCAUGGGUUGACUGUCUACAGCUACUGUUAAGCAUUUCUGAAUAUGGACGUGAAAGUCAAACAACACUUGGAUCUUUUUCGGCAUUCACAGACCUUCUACAGAGUCCAACAAGGGGGGGGGGGCAUAUGGAUCAACUAGCUAACACUCAGGCGGAGAAGGGAGAGACAAGAGGGUUCAGCUUAGUGAGAGAGCGCAAUGAUACCACGCCAUCCAACCUUCCAAGGCUAGUCGGGGCUUUGAGAUAAGUUUCUGCUCAGCUUGAGAUCUGGAGGGAGAACUUUGAUGUUGAUGAAUCUGCCAGGAGUUCAUUGUUUACCUUGCAUCAGAAUACCAUGUGAGUGUGCUCAUUUCCAUUUUCCCCUACCAUCAUCACCAUUCCAGUGUCUCUUGAGAGCCCGUUUGCAUGUUUUCCAGAAUCUGUGUCUGUUUUUUUCCUUUCUUCUCCUUUGUUCUUUUUGCUCAAAGGUGUGACCAGUCACUGCCCCUCUGGGCCUUCAUUUGCCAGGAGAAACAUCUCAGAACCAGCACUGUUUAGCUUCAUACCUUUCUAAUGUCCAUGUCAAUUUUCAAUAAAAUUCAAAGAAAUACUAAA